AUGUCGUCUAAUAUAUUCCAAAUCACAACAAUUUCUUCCGCUGCUGUUCUUGGUGGCUUUUAUAUAUACUCUCCAGACCUUUUUCCUAUAAUAGCUGCACUUGUUUCUAUUUUAUGGACUAUUGUCGCGGCUAAAGUUUUCAUUUUAGAAAAUAAAAAAGCACCAGUUUUAAGUCCAGAACAAUGGAAACAGUUUCCUCUCGUGAAAAAAAUAAAUAUUAGUCAUAAUGUCGCCUUAUAUCGCUUCGGGUUGCCCAACCCUGACGAUGUUUUAGGUCUUCCAAUUGGGCAG